GGUGGCCCGGUCGUGGAAUGCAUAAUCGUGAUCCGGGGUCCAGUGGCCCUAUGAAACGAGAAGGGAACGCCACAUGGCAGGGAGCAGGCAUGGAUUAUGGCGUGAGUUUCCAGCAUUUGACCCUUUUGGGCGCAGAUGCUGCCUCGGGGUCCGGGGACCUCAAGCUUCAGCUCCGAAAAUCCAGCCUGUAGGCUGUAGCCCAGCCGUAGGGGAGGACCCACGGCUGUUUUUGCUCGACUCGGGAAGGGCUUCGGCGGCCGCGAGGCUCGAGCGAAGGAACGAAUCAACUGACCCAGACGUGGCUGGGGAGUUCAGACGAACCGAAGAGGUGCUUCAAAUUGCAAGUGGCGAAGUGUAAAUACGGAGGGAGUUCGAACUUCCGUCCUUAUCACUGGGCUUGCAGAGCCUCUUGAUCCAAGCGGCUUGAAUCUCCAACGAAAACCAAUAGCACCAUCUCGCCUUCCUGCUUUCACCGCUGCUGUCGUCUAAUCACUUGCAAUCCGACGGUGGACACAUAGGAGCAGCGAGUCAUGUUCUCCUUCCGCCCUA